UCAAUUUCAGAAAAUGUAAUAUGUAAUUCAGAACAGUAUCGAAACAUAGGUAUCUAGGACAAUGUGGCAUCGAACCUGUCUUAAUGACAUGAGACUCAACUCAUUAUCGAGAUAUCAAAAAUGGAAUUAAAAGAUAAUUGUGCAAUUUGUAGAAUAUCGAUGAAUAGAAACAAAGUGGUCAAAUUAUUGCCAUGCAAUCACCUUUUACAUGAGAAAUGUGCAGAGCCAUUGAGGGAUCCAAUUUGUCCGAUUUGCAGAUCUGCAUAUGCGGAAAAAAUAGCAGUGGCCAGAACUAUAUAUAAUAAACACACAAGUAAAGACAGGCAGCGAAUAACCGCAUGUGCGAAUAGAGGUGACGAUUGGGUAUCUCUGGCAGAAACUUUGAAUGUGAAGUACAAAACGGCCUAUGAAUGGGUGAGAUCAGGAAGAGAAUAUAUGCAUGACAAGGGUGGAAGAAAACCAAAAAAGAUUUUGAAUGAUGAACAAAUGGAUAUAUUAAUCUCAUGGGUUGAGGAAACCUGCGACCUUACGAUCAAACAGUUACAAGCUAAGGUAUUCGCAGAGUUCAAUAAAACAAUUUCGAGCACAACUAUUGCAAAUUAUUUGGAAGGGAGAGUAUUUACAUUCAAACAGGUUCAUACUGCACCAGCAACUAUGAACACCGAAGAAAAUAAAUUGAAACGUGCCGAUUAUGUGAGGUCUCUAAAUAAUUUCAUCAGUCUAGGCAAACAAAUUGUUUGGAUCGACCAGACAAAUUUCAAUUUAUUUUGCCGAAGAUCUCGAGGACGUUCCAAAGCCGGUACUCGUGCAGUUCAACAGCUCCCGGCAGCAAGAGGUCCGAAUAUACAUGUAAUUGGUGCUAUUUCUGCUGCUGGUGUGAUUGCAAUGGAACGUAGAAGAGGGUCUUUCACGGCGCUUUUAGCUAAUGAGUGGAUUCAAAGACUUAUGAAUACAUGGGAAGAAUUGGGCAAUCGCUCCCUGUCACUCUAGGCUGAAGUUGUUAUUAAUGCAACGGAAGCAAAUUUGUUGAGAUUAGCUCCGUAUUCUCCGAUGCUAAACCCGAUCGAAUCAAUUUGGGCAAAAUUGAAAAUGGCGGUGAAAACCAGACUUCGAAUCCCUGAGGUGACGGCUCCAGGGAUCCAAGAGCAAAGGUUGCAAUAUUUGGAGCAAAUAAUUGAUUCAAGUAAAGACACAAUUAUGGGGGGCGAUUGCGCACGUGCCGCUCAGCAUACAACCACAUUCCACGCAGCAGCGCUCGCUUUGGAAGAUUUACCAGUUGGUCUAUGAAUUAUAUAUUAUGUAAAUAAUAUCUCCAAUAAUAUGUACAUAUAGUAGUUAUGAACAUUCAAAUUUAUUAAUUCUGGAGUUCAUGUAACCAAUUCUGAAUUGUAGAUUGCAGAUUGUUAAGGGGGUUACGUUCCACUGUGACAUUAAGAUCAGAGCUGUUUUCGCAGCUGCGCUACAGCUCGCUCUCCAGUUCCAGAGCUUCAAUGAACUCCAGUAUCUGAAAGGGCUUCUAGGAGGUUAAGUCGGCGAUCCUCGUAUAAUUUUCCUGUCCAAGACAUUCUUUGCGCAGGCUCGCAAUGGCGAGGCAUUCUGUGACUUAGUGAACAGGAGUUUCCUCCUCUUCCCCACCUAGGCUACAAUGUCCUGUUAGAAAGCCAGUGGGGAGGCGUAACUUAUUCUUGCUGAGAUCCAAAUACCUUUUGGACCUUGCAGUUUUAAAGUUCCGAAGGAACUUUUUGGAUUGAUUCAUUCCCGGAAGAUUCCUCCAGAGUGCUUCUCUUUCAGUUUCUUCCUUCUCCAGAAACUCUUUCUUAUAGGUGCAUUUGCCUAUACCAAAGAAAGGUUCUAGGCCAGUAAGUGGCGUUUGAGCUCCUUUUCUGGCUAGUGUGUUAGUCUCUCCGUUUCCUUUGAAAUUCUGAAUUACAAUUUCUUAUUUCUGAAUUACAAUUUCCUUCUUCUGAAUUACAAUUUCCUAUUUCUGAAUUUCAAAUCACCAAAUCCGAAUUCCAAUUUAUAUUUUCUGAA